UUAGACACUCUCUAUCGACUGAAUCGACUGCUUUCGAUCCAUCCCACCACCAUCACCAUCACCACCAGCGCCAGCAGCACUUCCAGGCCCACUGCCCGAUGGCGUGAACGUGUUCAACGCUGCCGGAUCCUCCUCAGCAGCCGCCGCUGCAGCAGCUGCAGCUGCAGCGCUCUCCUUGCGCCUCCUCUCCGCCCGCUCCUGUGCCCUCUUGGCUGCCUUCUCGGCCUCCCUGACCUUCCUCUUUUCUGCCUCCUCCUUCUCGCGUUUCUUGCGCUCAGCCAUGGCCACCUUGCGAUGCGCGCGGAAGUCUCGGAGCAUGCGUGGGAGCCUGUCUGUCUCGCGGUAGGGCAGCUUGAGAGCGCCAUCGAUCCACGAAUCAUCGAGAGCGUCGUCCUCUUCCUCUUGUUCAUUGACGCCCUCCCCCUCCCUCUCCCUAUCCCACCCCCUCUUGGCGUGCGGGUGUGGGUGGUAGGAAUCGUCCUCAGGCUCGCCCCACAGCAUAUGGUGGUCGUCGGCCUCGUAUCCCUCGUCCUCAUCCUCGUCAUAGUCGUCCAUCGGCAUGUCCUCAUCGGCCGUCACGUGACGUGAUGAUGACCCAGAGGCAGACGAAGAUGGGCGCGGGGGAUGAGAGGGUCCCUCCUCGUCUCCUUCCUCCUCCUCGAGACUGUCAGGCAUCGACUCGUCAUGCUCGUCGCUGGAAUCGUCGUCAUCGGAGAACUCUGCGGCCUCGUCGAGCUCCUCGAAUGGCUCCUCCUGGUCGAGAGGGGAAGGGGAGGAUGAGCUGUCGUCGCCAUCGGACGACCAACCAUCAUCGGAAUCGCCGACACUCAUCCUGACACACACCCACACACACAAGGAGAGAGAGAGAGAGAGAGAGAGUGGUGCAAGCUGUGUGUGAUGACGUGGGGGAAGAGGCGGCGCUCACCGUCUCUGUUCCAGGGCUUGCUGGCGCAUCUCUUCCUCUCUGACGAGCUCACGCAGGUACUCCACGUCCUCGUCUGUCCUCAGAUACCUCGCCAAACCAGUCCGGUCCACCAUCCUGCCCUCGCCCAUGCGCCCCUCCCCCUGGUCGACGUCAACAUCCAUCUCCUGCUCGCCAUCGCCAUCCUUGUCACCAUCCCCAUCUCCAUCGGAGGGGCAGAGCUCCCUCGCCUCCUGCAGCUGCCGUGACCACGCCUCCCUGGCGGCGAAGUGGUGGAAUCCCUCCUCCAUGACGGCCUUGGACAUCAAAUCGAGCUCCUCGUGCUGUCGCCGCAACUCGUCGGUCGAGAUGAUGGGCAGCAGGGAAGAGUCAGGUGGGAGCGCUGAUGAUGCUGACGCGGCCGCAGCAGCAGCUGCUGCGGGGGCGGAAGGUGUGUCAGAGGGAGAGGGUGGGUCGAAGAACGAAGGACGGGGAGGGAGAGUGGCGGGCUGGGCCUGAUGAACGGAUGGAACACAUUAGCACGCGUGACGUCUCCCUCUCACAGCGUGUCCAUAUGGCGUAUGUGAUUGUCUCACCUUGUCAGCCUUCUUGACGGCGAAUGCGAUCCGCGGCCGCUCAGCCGGCAAAGAGCCAUCCAUGACCUCCUCUCUACCAACGCCCUCGCCCCCCUCAUCUCGCAUCAUCCCCUCCCCCUCCUCAGCGCCAAGAUCGAGCAUGGCCGGCGGCAGCUGCAGGUCGUCAUCCUCCGGCAACAUGGGUCCCACACCUACACCUAGACCGUCAUCAUACUCAUCGCCAAAGGGCUCUUCCUCCUCUGCCUCUGCUGCGUCAGCCGCCUCAGCUGCAGCCUGCGCUGCGGCGGCUUCGCGCGCCUCCCUCUCUCGACGCAGCUUCUCAAAGUCAAGCUGAACGCGCAAAGAGAGACAACAAUGCGUGUAUGUGUGGGCGACGGGAGGGGCUGGGGGAGGGUACCUACCUUGUUCUCUAGUUUGUGUGUGGUAGGCCCGUACUCGGCGUAUGAGUAGCGAGACUCCGCGAGCUGCCGAGGCAGCAGCAGCCAUCACACACAUGCUCUCUCAUGGAUCGAUCAAGAGUGCAUCGCUCCCUCACCCGGCGUUUCGACUGCCGCUGCUGUGGCUGCGGGGGUGCCGCCGCCAUCGCGUCAGCCCCACUCGCCCGCACACGCAGCACACGAACACCGCCCACCGCCCGCACAGCAGGCGCCCCAGUAGCGGCAGCCGCAGCGGCAGCGCCGCCCUUGUCUUUCUUGCCGUCUCUUUUUUUCUUUUUGGCGACAAUGACGCCCUUCCUGGGCUUCUCGGGAAGCGACGGCACGCGGAACACGCCCGAGGGGUCGUGGGUGGGCGGAGGGAGGGAGCCAUUAGCUGCUGCUGCUGCUGCUGGGGGUGAUGGCGAGGGAGAGGCGGAGGGGGCAGGUGCGGGGGGAAUGGGGGCGGCAGCAGCAGCCGCAGGAGGGAGCUGGUCGACAUCCAUCAUGGCGGCGGCUGCUGCUGCUGCCUGUGUCUGCGGCUCCUGCUUGGGACUCGGCGACGCCUCGUCUUCACCAAAGAGCUUAGCCACAUCCACCGGACCACCAUCAGCAGCGGCAUGACCGUUCAACAACGGGGCACCACCAGCACCAGCUGCAGCUGCAGGAGCGACCUUCUCAUCGACGAGACCCGACUCGACUAGAGGGAGUGACGGGGGGUUGGUGGGCGCCUGGAUGCCCUCACCCUCCACCCUGUCGCCAGCCCCGUCGACCCGCUGCUUCUUAGCAUCGACCGAUGCUGACGCUGCCGCUGCUGCUGGUGGCUCAGGGUCCUUAGAAGGCCUCUUUCGCUUCCUCUGGAGUGCCUUGGGACGCGCCUGGGCUGCUGCUGGCUGACGGCCGGUGAGCUCCAACAACGCACGGUCGGCUGACACGGACAAACACACACAGGGAUGGGGGGAUGUACACACAGGGAUGGGGGGAUGAGAGAGGGGAGGGCUUUGUGUGUAUGAAUGUGUGUGUGUUACUCUGUCCGUAUUGGGCGUCCAUUUCUGAAAGGGGCGUGUCGGCAGGGGCAGAGGGGGACGGUGCGGCCGCCGCUGCUGCAGCAGCUGGUGCUGCUGGUGAUGGCUGCGGUGGCUCGGCCCGUUUUUUCUUGAGCUCGUCGAUGUACCGGGUGAAAUCCGCCUGGAUCUUCUUGCCCUGCGCCCGCCUGCACGCACACACAUACGCCCACACAUUCACACCGAUCUGUCAAUUGCUCGCGUGUACCUACCAUGCUUUGUCCCAUCGUGUUUGGACCUCCUUGACGCCCGGGAUGACGCCCGGGAAGCCCUUGGAGCUCUUGUUGAACUUCAUGCAGUUGAUGAACACCUAUCAGACGUAUGUGAAGACCAUGCCCAUGCACGCCAUGCAAGGGGCACGCAGGCAGGCAGGCAUGACUGACUGACGUGACGUCACGCACUUUGUCGACGUCGCUCUUGAAAUCGCCCGGCACUUGAUAGGGGUCGGGCAAGGCGCGCAGCCGCGAACCGCUCAGGAAGUCCUCCUCAUACCCACACAGACGUUGCUGCAAUGCCGACCACAACACACACACACAAGAUGAAAUGUGCGUGAGCGGGGGAAGGUGGAAGUGGUGCAAGGGCGUACCCGGAUGGUUCUGAAGUCUGCCUGUUGGUGUGGGGGUACGACCUUUGAGUAUUCGUUGUAGUCGAGUCCGUUGACGAGCUGCACGGGGUAGUGGAACAGAUGCGAGUUGCCGCAGAACCACAAGUCCUUCAGAAUCUGAACAAACAAAGACCCAAGACCCAUGCAUCCAUCGGCCCCGUUCUCCCCUCUCUCUGUGCAAGGACGGAUGGAUGGAUGGCAUAUAUCUGUUACGUACGUGAAGGCAUUUCCUUCUCCACUCCUCGAGAAGCGGCUCCACCUGGCCCUCCACAAUCCACCAGCUGUACGGCUGGCUCCUACAUCAAACACACCAAUCAACAUUAACGACCCAUCCCAUCUUGUCCACAUACUGUAUGCAUGCUUCCGUCUCCAUCCCUGUUGUCCCAGCUCACUCACCAGAUGGAGUCAAACUCAGCGUCCAAUGCGACCUUGCCCCGGCUCUCCAAAUCAAAAUACUCCACAGGUAUAGACAACUUGUCCUUGGCACGGUGCAGCCGCCUCGCAUGUGUCAAGGGGCUGGGGGGCGGCCGCCACGCCGGCAGCUGACCCUCUGAUGCAGCCACAGACGGGGAGGCAUCCAUCUCCCUCUCACGAGUGGUGGCGGCCCGUCUGGGCGGUGAGCGGCCGCCCUUCCCGCCCUUGCCCGCGCCGCCCUUGCCCUUCCCCCUGUUGUUGUUGGCACGGCUGCUCGCGCCUGCACCACCAGCAGCAGGGCUGGCAUCCGACAGCUCGGCCGCUGCGGCGGCCUUGGCGGCCGCCGCCAGCCUCAUAGACACAUCGGGCCGCAUCGCCCCGUUCUCAGCGGCUGACUGGGCGCGCCGGGCGGCGCUGCUCGCGUGACCGUUCUGCUGCCGGUGCUUGGACGGGGGGGACCUCUCCUUGUCCCUCUCGGUGCGCGUGAGGCGCUUGAGGGGCCGGUUGUCGUCCUCGUCUGACUCUUCCUCCUCCAUGGGGUGGUCGUCAGGGGCCGUGCCGUUGGGCUGCUGGCCGUUGCUGCGAGCCUUGCUCCGGCCGAGGGAACUCGUGCUGGUCGCUGCGCGUUUCGGGGCGGCUCGGGAGCCAUCGAGAUUGCGCUGCAUGAAAAGGAGAGCCACGCAUGGUGUGGGUGGAGAGAGGCGGCUGUGGGGAGGGAUUACCCUGUGGGGAGGGAUUACCCGUUCGUUGGCCUCCUUGAGUUGUGCUUUGAAGCCGGCUUUGUACUUGGCGGCUAGUGUGUGGAAGCGGUUGUUGAACUCCUGCUCGGCCUUGGCGCACCAGUCGAUGAUGUACUUGGACGCUUCGUUAGUGUUGAACCUGAAACAUACGAGCUUGUGUGUGUGUAUCGUGGCUGUCUGUUUGUGUGCAUGGCUGGAUCUGCUCACUGCCUGCAGUUGCUGAACAUGAGGUCGAAGUCCUCCUUGACAUCCUGAAACGUGCGGUAGUCACUACGGUUGAUCUUAUUCUGACACACACAGGCAGUCACACAGUCAGUCACACACACAGACAACACACACGCAUGCCUCUCUCUGUGCGGUUCCCAUUCCCCGCUCUCUGCCCUCACGUUGAUCUCCUUGAGCCACAUGGGCCGCUUGAUCAUAUCGUAGUACCCCGGCACCUCAUCCGACACCCUCUCCUGGAAGAGCUGCCAGUGCUCGCCGCGCAGCCCCGUCAGGAGUUUGCCCAGCUCACGGGCGCACACCUUGGUCACCUCCAACGACCGGAAGUCCACCUCCGACCCCAUGACGGCCUCACGCCGCCCGAAGGCCGAGGGAAGCCCUGCCUACGGCCACUCGACGAUUACCGUAUUCCUGGGAGAUUUAAAUAGGGGACGAUGCAGUCGGGCCGAUGUCAGGGAGAGGCGCGGGAGCCGCGCGAAGGCGUCGGAAAGGAAAAUGGCUGCAUCUCG